AUGCACUGCCUCACCGGGGAUAUUGAACCUGUCACUCUGCCGUUUUGGCCAACAUGCAAAAAUGCACUGUCUUGGUCUACCGAGGAGCUGGCAGUUGCGGCAGGCGAAGUUGUGCACAUCCUUACGCCUUGCGAUUCGCUCACUCCACCAGAAAACCCCAGUCACAAGCAAUGGCACACUCAUACCGUCCGUGUCAACCAGUUUGAACCCAGCGAAUGGCCACCCCAAGCCCUCGCUACGGUCUCUCAAUUUUCACUCGGGGAAGAACUAUCAGAAUCGACGAUCGUCUCCAUUGCCUGGUCUCCCCCAGGGCUGGGUGUCUACAGAAGAAGUGUCCUAACCGUCUUGACAUCUAAUCUCAUAUUAUCGCUAUGGGAGACCAAUGGAAGACUGGGGGUGUGGCGGCGUACAGCCAUCGUCAACCUGUAUCUGUCAACACCAAAUGCCGGCGAAGGCGUGGACCAUGCAAGACGUCAGCGAAGAGUUCGUGCCUUUGCUUGGCUGCCCAGCCUCCCAUCUACUCCAAAAUCCACAUGGGGACGGCAAAUUCUUGUCGUGGCUGACGAUAGCUAUACCAUAUUGGUCUAUCAUGUGUCAGGAAAAGGUGCUGUUGAUGGGCAGUGGUCCUUCCGACUUCUGACACAGUACACAACCGCAGGCACGCACCACCCUGACUUCAACAUAACAAGAACGCAGAGUCUGCGAACCAUUCUAACCCAUUCAUCGCCUAUCUCGAGUCUCGAGACGACUGCGUGGCAAGUGGAGGGUGAUCUAGGUGAUGUCGAGACGAAAAGUCUGGUUGUCAAGGUGAGUCGCGGUCAGUGCUGUGCCCCCACGUUUCUGCAGUUGCAGGUCCGCGGCUCCAACGCAGCUCCAGCCAAAGAUGAACGUGAACUGGAAACCUCGAUCAUCCCCUUGCCAUCGAUGCCUGGUCUCAUUAUUCCCGUGCCACCUUCCAAAGACAUGUUCGAACCGGUUGUCGAGGAGUCUUGUUCAGAGUUCGUUCGAAACCACGGGCUCCGCGGGAAAGUUCGUGUCAAUCACUGGGGCACCGUGUGGUCUCCUGAUCACAAUAUUGCAGCAGCUUGCGUGUCGCUGCACCCUUCAGACAUGAUUGAAUAUGUCAUACCUUCGGCUCAGCGCGUCAUCCUUCAUUUCAUACGCGAGCAAGAGUCUUUAGCUGAGGAGGUUGCCAUGGAAGAUCCCGUCAACGUGCAAAAACGCAUAUUUGAAUUCAUGCUGGAAUCAUCGGAAGGCCAGAUAAACACCGACUUCGACCGGAAGACUAUCAGAAAUACUGCUGCUCUCAUGAAGCUGAAUUUCAAAGAUUCAAUUGAUGUGGCUGACCUGGUAGACGCGUGGUUAGCACGACAUCAAUGCACUGUGGCAAAAGAAAAGGCUUUGGGCGGGGACGUGCAAGACCAAGACACAGAAAACCAGCAGGAGGAGCAGAUGGAUCUGGAUCGCCCGGGGACAGGGAGGGAGCAUGAUACAGCCGAAGAGGUGUGCGAGCUCUGUGGCGAGCCUAUUCCGUUCACAUCAGACUUCGAUCGAGCCAGAUGCGAUCGAGGCCAUCAAUUCAGCCGGUGCUGGCUCUCCUUUGUUGCUAUCCAAGAGCCUGGAAUUUCAAAGUACUGUUCUAAAUGCGGAAGGCAAUUCCUCGAUCUCGCUAAGAUGGAAUUCCAAGGCGAUGGUCCGAGCUUGGGUCAAGCGCUGUUCGACCGGUUCGAUGCCUGCCCCUACUGCCAAGGCAAAUAUCGAGGUUGA